GCAGUGCGGAAGUUACGGUACUUCUUACUCCAUAAUCGGCUAUAUUUCAGUAUUGAAGCAGUUUUUGCGUCAGGACGAUGUCAAACGGACCUUCAGUAAAAGUCCGAGUGCUUCUUCAGCAGUGUUUACACGCAAAACUACAAGUAAAACCUGCAGAUGUGGACUCUGAGGCAGAAUGGGUUGAGAUUAAUCGUGGAAUGGUCAUCUACAUUUGCUUCUUCAAAGAGGCAGCUGAAGAUAUGAUCCCCAAAAUGGUGAACACCCUCCUAAAUGUAAAGCUGUGUGAGACUGAAUCUGGGAAAUACACCUCCGUUGUUGAUCUGCCUGGCAGCGUCCUCAUUGUACCUCAAGCGACACUGGGAGGGAAAGCGAGGGGGAAGUCCAUGCAGUACCACUACAACAUCGGUAAAGAGGAUGGUCAGAAACUCUAUACCAGUUUUGUCACUCACUGUGAAAAGGAGCUGAGUUUGGCCUCCAAGUGUACUGAGGCUGGCACAGAAGUCAAACAUGGGACCUACGGCAACAGACAAGUUCUGAAAUUGGAUACAAAUGGACCAUAUACUCACUUAAUGGAGUUUUGAGAAUUGUCGUCAAAUGUAUUAACUGCCCCAGGAAGGUGCACAAAUGGAGAAGCGGAAAUCUUUAUUAAUAAAUCUAAAAAUCAUUUAUCUUUGCUGUAGUUGAUGAUCCAUGUCUUGAUUUUAUGCCUCGUCACCCCCAUUUGAUUUAACUGCCACAUGGGAGCCUUGAUUACCAAGUGGCUCUGGGGUUUAUUGUUGAAUCAGGAAGUUUAAUGCACAUCAGUUACCAAAUAAAGGUAUCUUUCUUAGACCUAU